AUGGUUGCACAGGUGUUGACCAAGCCCGACCCCGCCGCCCAGGCCGCCGUCCCCGGCGCGAAGCGCAUCCCCUUUUCCGAGGUCUACGCGACCCCCAAGACGCGCUCGUUCCUCGGACGAGCCUACGACGCCAACGAUUACGUCUACCUCGGCUUCAUGGGCCUGAUCCACACCCUGGCCCUCCUGGCGCCCUUCACGUUCAGCUGGGCCAACCUCGGACUGUUCCUCGGGCUGUACUUCGUGACCGGCUGCCUUGGGAUCACCCUGUCCUUCCACCGCCAGCUCAGCCACAAGGCGUUCGUCACCCCGAAGUGGCUGGAGUACGGGCUGGCGUACUGCGGGGUGCUGUCGGGGCAGGGGGACCCGAUGAUGUGGGUAUCACACCACAAGUACCACCACCUGCACACAGACACACCGCUGGACACCCACUCCAUCUAUGAAGGCUUCUGGUGGUCCCACAUGGGCUGGCUGUUUGAUCACAAGGUCACCCACGAGCGCGCUGGCGACCGCUCCAACGUGUCAGACAUGGAGGCCCAGCCCUACUACCGCUGGCUGCGCGCCACCUACCCCUGGCACAUCGUUGCCCAGUUUGCCGCACUGUACGCGCUGGGCGGCGUGGGGGCGGUGGUGUGGGGCGGCGCGCUGCGGCUGUGCUGGGUGUACCACAUCACGUGGUUUGUGAACAGCGCGACGCACUCUUGGGGCUACCAGCCCUUUGACAGCGGCGACUGCAGCCGCAACAACUGGUGA